AUGAGUGACUAUAUAAGUGUGUUGAUCAGUAAGUUAGUUUACACCAAAAUCUGUAUACUCUUUCUUCUUUCAGUAUAAAGAUGAAAGGUGGAUCAAUUUUUGCAGUGGGUAUUUUGUCUUUACUCUGUUUUCAUGUUUUUGUCUCGAGUUACGUUGAUGCCAGAGAUAUUGCCAGAGAAUUGAGGGAUGAUGAGGAGAAAAAUCUUGGAGGCGGAUUCGGAGGAGGUCAGGGAGGUGGGUUCGGUGGUGGUUAUGGAGGCGGCGGAGGUUUUGGAGGUGGUGGUGGUUUUGGAGGCGGUGGGGGUAUUGGUGGUGGGUUCGGCAAAGGUGGCGGAGUAGGGGGAGGUUUUGGAAAGGGUGGUGGGAUUGGAGGUGGGUUUGGAAAGGGAGGCGGUGUUGGUGGAGGAUUUGGAAAGGGAGGCGGUGUUGGUGGAGGAUUUGGAAAGGGUGGUGGAAUUGGCGGUGGGUUUGGAAAGGGAGGCGGUGUUGGUGGAGGAUUUGGAAAGGGUGGAGGCAUAGGAGGUGGUAGCGGUGGUGGUGCUGGAGGAGGAUUCGGAAAGGGUGGAGGCAUAGGAGGUGGUAGCGGUGGUGGUGCUGGCGGUGGAUACGGAAAGGGUGGCGGUGUUGGUGGUGGGUACGGAAAGGGUGGCGGUGUUGGUGGUGGAUACGGAAAGGGUGGCGGUGUUGGCGGUGGAAUCGGAAAGGGUGGAGGCAUAGGAGGUGGCAGCGGUGGUGGUGCUGGUGGAGGAUACGGAAAGGGUGGAGGCAUUGGAGGUGGUAAUGGUGGUGGUCUUGGUGGAGGAUACGGAAAGGGUGGUGGUGUUGGCGGUGGAAUUGGAAAGGGUGGUGGUAUUGGCGGUGGAUUCGGAAAGGGUGGAGGUAUAGGAGGUGGUAGUGGUGGUGGUCUUGGCGGUGGAAUCGGAAAGGGCGGUGGUGUUGGCGGUGGAUUCGGAAAGGGCGGUGGUGUUGGCGGUGGAUUCGGAAAGGGCGGUGGUGUUGGAGGAGGAAUAGGUGGGGGUUCUGGAGGUGGCAUAAUAGGCGGUGGAGGUGGCAUAAUAGGCGGUGGAGGUGGCAUAAUAGGCGGUGGAGGAGGCUUUGGCAAAGGGGGAGGAUUUGGAGGUGGUUUUGGGAAAGGUGGUGGAUUUGGAGGUGGUUUUGGGAAAGGUGGUGGAUUUGGAGGUGGUUUUGGGAAAGGCGGUGGAAUAGGAGUCGGUAUAGGAGGUGGAAGUGGAGGUGGAUUUGGCGGCGGUGGAGGAUUUGGCGGUGGCGGUGGUGGAGGAGGCGGCGGUGGAAUAGGGGGACACCAUUAAGGAAUGAUUUAAGAGCUUUAGAAUGGAACUUAUGAUAAAUGAUAGGUUCUGAAAAAAUUGGAGCCCGCAGCCCACAUGAAACAAUGGCUUAAGGAUAUUUGUGUGCUUGUAUUAAAAUGUCUUAUUAUUAUUGUUGUUGUUAACUUGUUCUGAUCCCGGAUUAAUUAAUAUAUAUUGCAUGCAUGCUAGCCUUAAUUUUCCUAA